GGAUCCGUCAGGCAGGCAGUCAGGCCCAGGGCUCGGAGCACAGGAGAGUUUACAUGGGUAGAGAUGAUGGAGUCAGACUCUGUGGUUCGAAUUCCUCUGCGUCGUCUUGCAGUGGUCACAGUAUCACUGCCUUUUGGGGCUUUCUUCCUAUGCAUUUAUCUAUCACUAAGACACAACUUCGAUUUAUCUACUGCCACUCAUUGCGGCGUUCCUAAUUACUUACCAUCAAUAUCUUCUGCCAUUGGAGAAUUUGUACCUCAGCGAUACAUUUGGAGAGCUGCAAUUGCCGUCCAUUCAGCACCACGUUUCCUUAUAGCUGCAAUGUACAACAGUUUUAUGAACAGGAUACUACCAAAUAUUAAGUUUUAUAGGAAUGCUGUGAAAGUGACUACGGCUUUGAAUGUUAUUGAGAACAUUGCUCUUCUUGGCCUGUCCUUUGUCUCAUCAAAAGAGAAUUAUGAUAUACAUAAAAUGUAUUUCAUCAUUUUUAUGGUAUGCAGUGAACUGUACAUGGUCUUGACAUGCCUCCUUUUGAGAGACCACAAACGCAGACUUACUACUCCAAUGGAACAGCUUGCAUAUAAGAAAAAGAAACAGUUGAUGACAGCAAAUCUCACAAGCUUUUUCAUUGCUCUUUAUUUCUUCUAUCGACAUAACACAUACUGUGAGCCAGGAAUGUAUUCCGUGUUUGCGUUCUUGGAAUAUAUAGUGGUACUGACGAACAUGGGCUUCCACAUGGCUGCAUAUUACGACUUCCACAACCAUGAUCUUGUUGUUGCAGAAUGGAAAACCUCGAAUAGUUGACAAUCAGUGUGAGGAAUAACAUAACUCAAGAAGUCAAAGAGUCACUACCAAUAUUAUCCUCAGGGUGAUACAGUGUAUAGUUAAAUAUGGCCAUAUAAAGAGAUUAGUAAAUAUUGUCAAGAGUAUAACUUGAUCUAUAAUUAUCUAUUUGGCCUCAUAUGUUGAUAUGUAAAUAUUGAAAUAUUUUCUUUGGAGAAAUCUUGAAAUGGCUUGUUUAACGAAACAAAAUGGGAUUUAAGGCACUCAUUUUGCUGCUUUUCUUUUCCUGUACUUUCUUCUCUUCCUCUCUUCGCCUUUCCUCUCUUCAACUUUCCUCUCCUCUCAUCACCUUUCCUUUCCUCUCUUCUCCUUUCCUCUCCUCUCGUCUCCUCUCC